CGCUUCAAAUCAGCGCUCACAGCACAAGUGCCGUUUACUCCAACCCGUGGUCUCACAGAAGACCCCUCUCUACUCUCUACCCUCCCCUCCUGCGGUACUUUGCCUUCGAUUUUUAAUGCGAGAAGAAUCCAGCACUCUCUUCCCUCUGUGUACACACGAACUAGCGCUAUCCACUAGGCCAGGAGCGGAAGCGAGAGAAAAACUCACUUUGCAAGAAAAGCUCGCUUACGCCGGGAUUCGAACCCCUGACCUGGCCUCUAAAAGGUUUCGAGGUUACCAACUAGAUCACCGGGGCGACCGGCUUUUUUUUUUUUUCUUUGUUUUGGACCAUGUUAAACAACCCAUCCGCCGCACGAGUGCUGGGAGCGGACGCAAUGGCGGCGGGAGCGCGCGGAAUACUGAUACGUGACGCGGAGAACUGGGUGGGGCUGCAACAGAUAGUGGCGGAGGACGCCGAGGCAACGGCAGAAAUGGCACCGGCAGAGUCAACCGCAGUGGAGGGGGUCCCGCGAGUCCACAAGGGCACGGGCUGUGCCUCAAGGCGUUGCCAACGAUAUGUUUGCUCAUUACGCGGACAAAGUUGUUUAACAAUGAAAGCUCAAUUCCAGCGUGGGAAACGGGGAAGACGUCCGUGGUUGCGUGUAACCCUCAGCUAGCUUGUUUGUUUGUGUUGCUCAUCGGAGAAGUAAAGGCUUGUACGGGAGAAGGCUAGCAACAUGCAAUCGGGGUACAGAGCACACGGCGGAGCCAUUGGUUAUGAUGGUGGCGAUGUCUGGUCAUGCGACGCUGCCCGAUUACGUCCCACUAUCCUCGUUCCGUAGCGGCCGUGAAGUCAGAGUGUUGAGGCAAAAGUCAGGAUCUGCGAGCCUGUGGAGAGAUUGUCAAGACGUUGUGGCGGAAACAAAGGAC